AUGGCUGGAAAUGGAGGUAUAGAUGGUACAAGGAAGAUCGGAUUGAAAGGCGGGGAUGGUGGACUAGUGGCUGGAAGUGGAGGCAUGGAUGGUACAGGGAAUAUAGGUAUGGAAGGUGGGGAUGAUGGACUAGUGCUUGGAAAUGGAGGCAGUGAAGGUAUAGGCAAGCCCGGAAUUAGAGGCGAGGAGGGUGAACUAGGAGAGCCUGGAAAUGGAGGCACAAAUGGUAUAGGAAAGCCUGGAACUAUAGGCAGGGACGAUGGACUAGUGCUUGGAAAUGGAGGCAUUGAUGGUAUAGGCAAACCUGGAAUUAGAGGCGAGGACGGUGAACUAGGAGAUCCUGGAAAUGAAGGCACAAUUGGUAUAGGGAAUCCUGGAACUAGAGGUGGACUAGUGCUUGGAAAUGGAGGUUGUGAUGGUAUAGGAAAGCCUGGAAUUAGAGGCGAGGAUGCUGAACUAGGCGAUCCUGGAAAUGAAGGCACAAAUGGUAUAGGUAAGCCUGGAAAUAGAGGCGAGGACGGUGAACUAGGCGAUCCUGGAAAUGGAGGCAGUGAUGGUAUAGGUAAGCCUGGAAUUAGAGGCGAGGACGGUGAACUAGGUGAUCCUGGAAUUGAAGGCACAAAUGGUAUAGGUAAGCCUGGAAUUAGAGGCAAGGACGGUGAACCUGGAACAAAAGGUGCAGAUCGUGGACUAGCGCCUGGAAAUGGAGGCAUCUCAGAUGGUGCAAAGCGCGACGGGAGUAGAGGUGGCAUUGUACCAGAAAAUGGUGAAGGAGACACAGAAAUAUGA